AUGGAGGAAAAAUAUCCGCCAUAUUGGAUGCAGAAUUUACAGAGGGAUAACAGAUCUUCUCAAGAUUUUUACCUAUCAAAUAAAGAAAGUGAGUCAUUGGGGUCGGCUAGACCACCCCUGGAUCCACAGGAUUUGAUGUCUCAGCAGUAUACUGAGAGGCAGAAAUAUGAGAGCAAGGAGAGUGCCAAGAGGCAUGAUUUCAAUUCUCCUCAGUCUGAUCUGUAUAGCCCUCCUGAGGGUUACUCAGAGAAUAACCAUUACAGUCUUAAAAAGUCUGGAGAAGAGAGACAUCACUGGAGAGAUGACACUAGUCACAAAUAUGAUAGCCUCAAAAGUGAAGAGUUCAAAGAGAAUCCGUCAAUGAAACCUUCAGAAUUAUUCUCAAAUAAAAAUUAUGACACUAAAGAUACUAUUGAUUGGAAACUUGAGGAGCUAAAGUCUUCUAUCAGAAAGCAAGAAGAGCUUCAAUUUGCAGACAAUGAUGCCCAUAAUUUACCCAUGAAGAAAGAAGAGGGGUUUAAUUUUCACAAUACUUUUAAUCCUCAGCAAGAUCAAUUCCAGAGCCAACAAAAGAUGCAGUUUCAUGGGUAUCAUAAAGACUUUAACCAAACUGAUGGGAAUCUUUUUACAAAUAAAAACCCCGAGCUUGAAGAUAGGCUUGGAAUCAUGAAGAAAGCUGCUCUCAAUAUGAAAUCAGAGCCGAUGAGCAACCGUGAGAAAAAUUACUACGCACCAAGACCUCAGAGUAGGCAAGUCAAUGACCAUAACUAUGAGAGUGAACAAGACGGGUUUGAAAGUUCAACAAAUAACUUAAUCCGCAAUUCAAAUGCAAGGAUUAACCAGAUAGAUGAGUUCAUGUCAACUGUAAAAUCAAAAGAAAACCAAGAUUUGAAUACUGAAAGAGAGCUCCAUCAUAAAUAUAAUCAAGUUAGCGAGAGGAAUGAGCUGAAUUAUGAUUAUGAAAAAACUGAGAUAAAGUAUCCCCAGAACAGUUCUAAUGCUCAUAACUAUAAUCUUUCUCAAUAUCCAGACAGAGACCAAAGAAAUAACAGAUUUGAGCAAAACAAUAUUGGAUGCCCCCAAAGAACUGAUUCAGAUCAUAGAUUAUCAGGAAGGAUCAAACCAGCUUCAGUUCCAAAGAGAGAUCCUGUGCCUGUUUUCCACCCAAAAUAUGAUCAGGAAAAUGAUUUUUCACAGGAUCCUAUCGAGGAUAAUUCUCAAAGACUCCAAAUAGCACCUACAGUACACGAUUCCCAUCAAGAUUCGCCCAAAAAGGUGAACCCUUCGACGUCUCAGGCUAACGUAACUACAAAUUUCAUGGAAAAUGAAUUAGCCCUUCUACAAAAAUAAAAUCGCUGGUCUUGAACAAAAGUUGACGAAUAAUGUAUCUAAAACCUCCACAGGAGGGAUGAAGUUUACCACAAAUGAACAUUUGAACGACUCCCGAAGUAAGGAAGACUCUCGUUUUGAGAUAAACUUGGAAAAGUAUGAAGAGAAAGCUCAGUAUGAAAAGUCCCACAACGAGUCUAUUUCCUCUGAAAGUAUCCUUAAAUCAAGCACGAAGAAGCAGAAUCUGAGAGUUAAUAAUAACUUUGAUUCUGAGAUCACACAAAGUAACAGUAAGAAGACCAAGAGCAGUAGGAGAGCUGAGAGUGUCUGUGUGAGGACCUCCAGGAAUAAUUUACAAAAGGCGAACUCUACCUUAUCAGCAAAGAAAAAUCCUGAUAACAACAUGGCUAAAAGACUGAGGUCGAAAAAGUCUCAAAUGCAGAGUUUCGAGAAAUCAGCCACGAAAAUUUCUAAUGUUAAGGCGAAAUUAGAUACUUCUAAGGAGGCUAAAUCUACAAAAAGUUAUAUGAGGCCGACUAAUUCCUCAGUUAAGAAGUCAAGGAAGGGAAGCAUUACGAAUACUCUUGUACAGAAGGUGAAAACAAGAGCUAGGAAUGACACUUUAACAUUGAAGGAGUUUGCAAAACAUCCAAAUGCGUUACUAAUGUUGUUUAAGAACAUGAAGUCUUAUCAUACACAGAUGUUGCUUGGGUCUCCUCAAAAUCGAGCUUUCCAAAUGUUGCACUUCAUAUUCAGCCCUUACAUGAUAUGCAUGUGAAUAAUUAUGAAGCAUUUCAUGACUCAAAUGGGGAAGCAGCAGACCAAUACAAAGAGGAAUGCAAAGAUUCAAGUCAGUAAAGACAAGACUACCAAAGAACCAAAAGUAGAUGCUAUGUUGCUCCAGCUCAAAAACCAAGAACUCCAAGAAGAAAAGGCUAAAAAUGCAGAGCUUAGGAGACACAUAGAAAUUCUUAAAAAGAGAGUUUACGCAAAAAUGGAGUUUGAAGGUCAGGUAAAGGUAGUCAGAGAGGCUGCAGACAUGCUAGAUCAGCUUAAGGCUCAGAUACCUACAAUGCUUGGCAACAAGUGUAAAAAGGAGCAGAAAGAUAUUACCAAGAGUCUCACUUCAGUAUUGAAAAAGCUUAAAUCAAAGGACAAGAAGUCUAAUAGUAAAACGACGACUUCAAAAUAAGUUGAUCAAGAUUGAAAAUGAAGAGAAUUCUUCUCUUGUUACUAAUCGAUUAAAGAGCUCUGAAGAGAACUUCCAAGGUAUGAAGCCUAAGUACCAUGCUUACCCCACUAUUGAUGACACCAUCAAAGUUAAUGUGAAAAAGAAAAAGUUAACUAAACCUAAAAAGGAGAGUAAAGUACCAAAGAGACAUUUCAGGUAGUGAGAAUUUUAAGAAAUUG